AUGCCCAGAGCUACAGCCUCACUUACCCCUCCAUGCACGGGGGCAGACGCCCAGAAACCGGGCACCCAGCUAUCAGACACUUCAUUCCGAUUACCACCUACACCACUUACACCACCGAAAUCUGAGGACAACAGCAGCGAGGAAUCUGAUAGCUCGGCUACACUUUCAAGAACAAACAGCGAAACUAUCCUAGAACCGCGAUAUCCCCUUCCGCCACGUUCAAAUCCUCCGAGAGAAAUUCUCAAAGAAGACCUAAAGACUCCAGAUAAACACGUUCCCCGAGAUCCUCGACUUAUUCGUCUGACCGGCAUUCAUCCAUUCAACGUCGAGGCGCCACUCAGUGACCUCUAUAAUGACGGCUGGCUCACAUCUCCUGAGCUUUUCUAUGUCCGCAACCAUGGAGCCGUUCCCGAAGUUGACGAUGCCACGAUCCCUGAUUGGGAAUUUUCGAUAGAAGGAAUGGUCAAACACCCAAUUACCAUGACGCUCAGGCAACUGAUAUCAGAUUACGAACAAAUUACUGUUCCUAUCACCUUGGUCUGUGCCGGCAAUCGGAGGAAGGAACAAAACCAGGUUCGGAAAACGAAGGGUUUCUCGUGGGGUGCUGCCGGUGUAUCUAAUGCAUUAUGGACUGGUGUUCCUAUGAUGGAAUUGCUCAAAAGGGCUAUGCCUCUACGAGGGGCAAAAUAUGUCUGCAUGGAAGGUGCGGAUAAGUUGCCCAAUGGUUACUAUGGCACAUCUGUCAAGUUAAAUUGGGCUAUGGAUCCCAACAGGGGAAUUAUGGUGGCCUACAAAAUGAACGGAGAGAUGCUCCGUCCGGACCAUGGAAAGCCGUUGCGAUGUGUGGUGCCAGGACAAAUCGGUGGCCGAAGUGUGAAGUGGCUGAAGAAACUCAUCGUCACGGCGAAACCUAGCGACAACUGGUAUCAUAUUUAUGAUAACCGCGUAUUGCCUACAAUGGUGAGCCCGGAUCAGAGCGCCAAUGAGCCACAAUGGUGGAUGGAUGACCGAUAUGCAAUAUAUGAUUUGAACACAAACAGUGCUAUGGCGUAUCCAGCACACGAGGAAAAGCUAUCCCUCGUCAAUGGGCGUGAGACAUAUCGAGUCAAGGGAUACGCUUAUGGGGGAGGCGGAAGGAGGAUUACAAGAGUCGAGGUGACAUUAGAUAAAGGAAAGUCCUGGGCGUUGGCCGACAUCAGAUAUCACGAAGAUGACUAUCGGGAUCAUGCCGAUGAAAACGAGAUGUUAUAUGGCGGUAAAAUCGACAUGGGAUGGCGAGAAACCUGUUUCUCCUGGUGCUUUUGGGAGAUAGAUGUCAAAGUUGAAGAUAUGAGAAAAGCAGGCGAUAUUAUGGUUCGAGCAAUGGAUGAGGGCUUGCAUAUCCAGCCUAGGGAUAUGUACUGGAGUGUACUUGGUAUGAUGAACAAUCCGUGGUACCGAGUCACGAUCACCAAAGAAGACAAUUACCUUCUCUUUGAGCACCCUACACAACCAGCUCUUAUGCCAGGAGGGUGGAUGGAAAAAGUUAACAAGAGGGGCGGAGAUCUCGCAAAUGGUUUCUGGGGUGAGGAGAUGGGUACAGAGGCAGAAGAGAAAAAGCUUGUCGAGGCAAAGCCAGAAAUCAAAAUGACCAAGGAUGGGCUCGAUAAAACCAUCAGCAUUGAGGAAUUACAGAAACAUGACACAGAAGCAAAUCCCUGGUUUGUAGUAAACGGCGAAGUCUAUGAUGGGACGGCUUUCCUUGAAGGUCAUCCGGGAGGAGCAACGAGUAUCACUGGUGUUGCCGGCCAAGAUGCCACUGAUGAAUUCAUGGCUAUCCACUCGGAAACGGCAAAGAAAAUGAUGCCAUUCUACCAUAUCGGCUCCCUGGAUGAAUCUUCGCGGGCCAACCUCGCCAAUCAUGAAGAAGUCUCGGCCGAAUCUUCAGAGUUGCGGCCUGUCUUCCUUCAACCCAAGACCUGGACUAAAGGUAUUCUUUCCGCCAAAAAGAAAGUCUCCGCCGACACCCGUAUCCUCACCUUCACCCUCGAACACAAAGACCAGAUCGUUGGCUUGCCGAUCGGUCAACAUCUCAUGAUUCGCCUACGCGACCCAGUCACCCGCGAGGCUAUCAUCCGCUCCUACACACCCAUUUCCGAAGGCAACGAAAAGGGUGUCCUGCACGUGCUAGUGAAAGUCUACUUUCCCACGAAAGAAAAGCCAGGCGGCAGAAUGACCCAAGCACUAGAGGCCAUCCCCGUCGGACAUUUCGUAGAUUUCCGUGGCCCGAUAGGGAAAUUUCAGUACCUCGGUCGGGGGGCGUGCGAGAUCAUGGGGAAGCCACGACAGGUCAAGAGAUUUAUCAUGAUCUGUGGCGGCAGUGGAAUCACGCCGAUUUUCCAGGUCUUGAGAGCGGUGCUGAAGGAUGCUGAAGAUCCGACUACGUGUCUUGUGUUGGAUGGGAAUCGUCUGGAAGAGGAUAUCCUGUGUAGAGAGGAGAUGGACGCCUUGAUCAAGGGAAAUGAAGGACGUUGUCGUCUCCUGCACGCGCUUAGCAAACCUUCAGAUUCAUGGACAGGGUACCGAGGACGAAUUGGGAAAGAACUGUUAGAGCAAGAGGUCGGCAUGUGCACGUCGAAGAAUGGGGAGGAGUUGGUGUUGAUCUGUGGCCCCGAGGCGUUGGAGAAGAGCGUACAUGGAUUUUUAAACGAGAUGGGGUGGAAGGAUGAAGAUUUGUUAUUCUUUUAA